ACUUCACAGCCAUGUUACAAAGGCUUACUUCAACUCUCUCUAUGUUAGCACGAGCACCAGUACAGUUAUGCUGAUGAGCCAAAACAACAGCACAAAGAAGCCUAAAGAAAUAGGUGAAGGAUGAGAGAGAUCCUGUUGAACUGACAUCUGAUAAUGACCAACAUUGAAAAAUUAAGUCCAUGCCAGAGGGAUGACUGGACCAUUGAGGUAUUUGAAAAGGGAAAACAUAUAUGAGAAAUAUUCAAUGGAGAGAAUGGUGAACAUGAUGUGAAGAAGGGAAGGGGCGACCGGAGAGCUGAAGAACAUGCUUGGAAGUUCAGAAUCCUUUUGGUCCAGUGACAGAAAUGCUGACGCGUCUGGUUCAACCAUCCCUCUGGUCAGAACCGACAGAAACUACUCUUUUGCUGCAAAGACACCACAUAGAGUUUCAUAUACUGGUGACAUUCCUUAUUUUCAUCGCAUAGAUCACUAUAAUGCAGAAAAAUUGUGCGAAUAUGAGAGAAAAGCAUCUGAAUUAACAUUACCUGUUUCAUACAAUUUAAAGAAAUUAUUACAGCGAGUUUUUCCUUUUUUUAGAUGGUUUCCUGCUUAUCAAAUAAAAACAUGGAUUAUAGGAGAUCUACUGUCUGGAAUUAAUGUGGGUCUACUCACAAUUCCUCUGUCGCUUGCUUUUGCAGUAUGUGCUGGAGAGCCAGCUGUUAAUGGACUCUAUACGAGUUUUGUUACCACCAUCUUAUAUUGUCUUCUUGGCACAACUCAACAUCUGUCCUAUGGAACAUCUGCAAUCACCGCUCUUCUCAUUGCCAAGAGCACAAGCCAUACUGAAGCUCAAGAACCUGUUUCUGACAGCGACUGUUCUCCAAAAUGUUCAAGAGAACUGCAUUUGGUUACACUCACUUGUCUUUCUGGAGUUAUUUUAAUUUUGAUGGGAAUUUGUCGCCUCAGUUUCCUAAGGACUUAUAUCUCCAAGCCUGUUAUGCUUGGCUUCAGAGCUGGAACAGCUUUGCACUUAUUAAUCAUCUUCCUUACUGUAUUACUUGGUAUUGAUGGGCCAUUUCAUCAUGGUCCAUUAACACUCGUUUAUACCUUCAAAGACAUAAUUGCAAAUGCAAGUAAGAUAAACAUUGCCUCAGUGAUUACAGGUUUGACAACUUUGGCGUUUCUGACACCUUUUAAAGUAAUAAACUACAUCUAUAGUAAGCAUCUUAUACCUGUAGAGUUUAUUGCAAUAGUUAUUUCUAUGUUUUUGACAUUCUGGUUGGAACUAGAGCACAGCUAUAAUAUCAGACUGAUAAAUAAUUACCCAUUUACUUUGCCGCAACCCACCCUUCCUUCUUUCUCCUCAAUAUCCAGUGUUGCAGUAGAUGCUGUUGCCAUCUCACUUGUAACCUUUGCGGUUAGCAUCUCGUUAGGGAGUGAAAAUUCCAAAAAGCACAACCGAAGUUAUCAUCCGCACCAGGAGACCAUUGUGCUGGGGGUCUGUGAUCUGUUGCUAUCAUUUCUGGGUACUUUUGCUGCGUGUGGGGUUUGGGAACAAACCGUGGUACAGGAAAAAGCCUGUGGUCAGACGCAAGCUGCAGGGUUGGUAGCAGCUGCUCUGAGUCUUAUAGCUCUGCUUUGUGCAGGAUCACUGCUUCCAUUAGUGCCAAAAGCAGUCCUUGCUGCCAUUGUGAUUUCAAAUCUGGGAUGGUACUUCAAGUUUUUCUGGAAAUACCGGUUAGCAUGUAAGAAGCGCAAAUACGAGUUUGUGGUUGGAAUGGUAACAUUUUUGGCUGUUUGUCUUUUAGGCGUAGACAUUGGUUUAGGAGUAGGCAUAAUUUUUUCCAUUUUGCUCACUCUAAACAGACUACAAACACCUUCUAUUGCCAUUUUGGGUCAUAUUCCCAAUACAGAAAACUAUGUAGAUUUGUCCAUGGAGAGAACUGCCAAAGAAAUAGUUGGCAUUAAAAUUAUAAAAAUAUUUGAUUCUAUUUAUUAUGGGAAUGUCGAUUAUUUAUUGUCCUGUUUGAAAGUUAAGGUGAAUCGUCACCUUUGGUAUGGAGGAAAUUCAGGAAGCAAUAAUGAAUUAUACAGUGUGGAAGAUAAAUAUCAUAUGUUGAUAGAAUCGACACAGUUCCUUUCAAUGGAUGAAAGUGCUUUGAUGCGAAUCAAUCGUACUGCAUCAUAUAGGCGUAGAAUAUCCAAACAAACUGCAGUUGUUCAUACUGUUAUUUUGGACUGCAGGUCAGUUAGCUUUAUGGAUGAUGAAGGGACUAACGCAUUAAUUUAUCUAUUUAAGAAAUAUCAGAGUGUGGGCAUUGGCUUUAUUCUUGCUGGCUGUUCAGGUGGAGUUUUAAAGACUAUACAACAACUCGGUUAUUUCAAAUCAACAAACCAGAGCUUCACCUUCAGCAGUGUCCACGACGCUGUACUAUUCGCCCUGCAACAAGCAGCAGAGAGAAACCAGAGUCUCCGAGGAUCCAAGUGCAUUCUUGAGACAGACGAUGAAAGGGUAACCGAAUGCGACUCCACUGAAAUUAAGAUGGAUGCAAAUAACGGCAUAAAUGAAGACUUUAGGCCAAAGGAGCGAGGAGAGGAUAUUUCCGAUCAAAGGACAGGUAUUAAAUCAACAAAUCUGAGGAUUAUUGAAUAUGAGUCAGCCUUAUAAAGAGAUUUCCCUGUACACUUCAAACAAUCAUAGAAGUCAUGAUCCGCACCUGACACCGUAUUUCUUUUUUAUGUUUAUUUUUCUGACAAAUAAUAGUUAUAAUAACGAUUUUUCAACAUUAACAUCCAUGGAGAGAAAACACAUCAAUUAAAAUGGGGAAAAAAGCAUGAAGAAAUUUAUUCAUCUAUUCAGCAUCGAUAGUUGUACGGACUUGCUUUGCAUUUUGAUGUUUGUAACUGCCAGUUCAUGUGGUUCACUUCCAGUUUGUCUUUGAUACAUAGCUGAUGCUUCAGAAACAGAGAUAUCAUGUUUAGGGGUCAGCAGUCAUAACAUGAUAUGAAUUUUCACAUUUUCAUCUUGCAAGCAUAUGGGUGGAUAUGCCCCUAUCACGAUAACUUAGUAAUUUAAGAAAUCAUACGUUUGAACUCACACUGCAUUGGAACAACUGUUGAAACAUGUGCAGCUUUUGGCUGUUACACUGUUUUGAAAAGUGACAGGAUAUACAUAUAAUAUUUAAUUAUUUUGAAAGAUUAUUUGGAUUUAUUUUUGACAUGGCUGCUUAUCUGCAGCCAUUAUAUAGAAAUCUUAAAAACCAACAACCCAAACCUCUUCUAUCUCAUAUACAGAGAGCCAAUUGAUUUAACUACUUUUGUUUUUAUUUUGCAAUUUUACUUAGAAAUAUAAUUAUAUCUGUGCUCUUAAAUUUGUUAAUUGUUCAAUUUUUUAUAUCCUUAUAAAUAAUGUUAAUUUAAUAAAUUGCAUGCAGAUUACACAUUGUUGAAACUACGACAUAAAAUCAUUUUUUUAUCUGGGACUAUAUAUGUAAAUUUGUGUUUCUAUUACUCGUGAGCUAUUAAACACUGUGAUUGAAAUUGCUACCCAUCUUUAUAAAGCAGAACACAGAAUGUAAUGAAUUUUGUUUCAAUCAGGAUUUUGGAUAGAGGGGCAAUACAUUAAAAUUGUUGAAAGAAAAAGUAAUAUCAUCAAAUUCACAACAACCAAAUUAUAGUGAUAGAUUAAAUCACUAGAUAGGUGUUUACUUAAUAAAAUUAGCAAUAACCAACAAAAUAUCAACAAAACCACUGAUUAAACCUGUCAAAUGGUCACAAAAAGUUGCUGUCGAGUUGAGUUCUCCAGGGCAGUUGGCAAUGAGAGAAGCGAGUAUGGUUUGGAUUGGAUUGGGUGCAGCAUGCGAUAAUGCUGCAUUAGUUCUAAUGCCAAGAAACAGAGUAAACCUGAAGUCAAUUGAAAUUGGGGAAAUAUUUCCAGUGGGUGGAAUAAAAACAGGAUGUGGCAGAAAUACUCAGCAGGGCAGAUACAUCUGUAAAGUAGUAAAAUCAGUCACUAGUUACAAUUGAAGGAAUGCGUUUACUGAUGUUGAAUACCAAUUGUCUUCAGUCCUGGUGUUCCUUUAUGUAAUGUCACAUAUCUGGGAAUUCUUGGAAUUUGACAAGCACCUAGGAAUGAUAAGUGAUCUGAAUACUUAUAAAGAAGGUCAACCACUAUGCUGAACUAGAUGGUUCACUCUUACAGAGGUGAAUCCUGGGAGAAAUUAGGUAGAAAUCUAUUUACCAAUAUAAUUAUCAUAUAUUUACUGCCAGAAUCUCUCUGAUCUGUCUGUUUUGUAUAGUCUGUAAUUAUUUAUUAUUUGAUCUCUUCUCUUCAUCUUGUUUUUGUCUAUUUAGGGUACAGAUUUUACUCCCGUUUCAGCUCUUGCAAACUCAUUCCCCUUCCUUGCUUCAGCAUAUGACCUUUAGGAUGAUACACGUAUUCUGAUUCCAUUCUAUGUGUUGUGUGUUAUGAUGUCUGUAAUACUUUUAUGCAGCUGUCUCCAUAUUGACAAAAAAGUUGAAUACAUUUAUUUUGACAUUUAUAUUCAUAUUUUUGAC